AGCAAUUAAAGAAAAAAGAAAGAAGUCCUCGGAUAUGAGCAUAUGGCGAUGGUGUAGCUUCAUGGUAGCCUUCCCUCCACUUCUCUGUGCCCAAUGAAACACCUUUAACAAAAAAAAAGGGGUUUUAGGAGCCUAAACAACCAAGUCAAAUGGUUAAUGUUUCAUCAAUUGCUGAUCAUCAUCAUCAUCGAACAUUUAGAUUUGAGAAAGAGAAUCUGAAUCAUCGUAGUUGGGUGGGUCCCAUUUCUUCCCCCUUUCACACUUCAGAGUUUUUUGUCCCCUUCUAGCCUCCACCUCCUUUACACACCAACGGCUCUGAUCAUUUCUGUAUCGAUCUCAUUGAUUUUGAUGGACUUCACAGAUUAAAAGAAAAAAAAAGACGGCCCCAAGUAAAAAGAAAUCAACGGUCUUGAUUGACGUUUUGACUUGUAUUUUGUUCCACUUAGGACAGCCUGUCUGCCUGUGCUUGUGCUGUGCUGAGCUGAGCCUUUUGCUGAUAAAUUGACUGGGUCGACCUUAGUUCCCUUUUACUUUCUCUAUCUCAUUAGAAGCCUGAAACAAAUAGCAUCUAAGCAAUCUUGAAUCUGGAAAGGCAAAAGGCAGCUUUCGUUAAUUCAAUGGUGGAAAAGAAAAGAGUAUGUGGAUCUUGAUAUAUAAGAAGGCCUGAAAAUGGAUCUUAAAGACAGGCUGUCUGGUGAAAUACAAAAGAAAGUUCCUGAACACCCAUCUUUUACUAAUUUCAAUCCCCAACAUCAGCAGAAGUGGGAGGAUCGAUCCAUUUUAGAUUACAGCACCAGGAUUGAACCUCCUUUCCAGGCAUUCAACCAAACUUCUAAAACUCAACCUUUACUGCCGUGUAACCCCAAUAACCAAAUUAAAAAUGGUCCUGGUAAUGAAUCGCUUCAAGCCAGUAAAGUCCAAGAUUGGGAUCCAAGUGCUAUGCUAAACAAUCUCUCAUUCCUUGAACAGAAGAUCCAUCAGCUUCAAGAUUUGGUGCAUUUAAUUGUUGGCAGGAGGGGCCAAGUGUUGGGUCGACCAGAUGAACUUGUAGCUCAGCAACAACAGCUAAUUACUGCUGAUCUCACUUCAAUUAUAGUUCAGUUGAUAUCUACUGCUGGUAGUCUUCUCCCAUCUGUUAAGCAUACACUUUCUGCAGCCACUCCAUCACAUGGACAGUUUGGGCAGUUUAGUGGAGUUGUCUUCCCUUCUGGACAAGGGCUGAAUGGUGGGGUUCAGCCACAAAAUGCUGGUGGAAGCAAGGUCUCUGAGCCGCCAAACACUGUUGAUAUUAGUAGUAACAGUGGAAAUGAGCAGAAUCAUUUGUUUGAGGAACAUGAAAUGAAAGAUGAGGAAGAUGCUGAGGAAGGAGAAAACCUUGUACCUGGCACCUAUGAGAUAUUGCAGUUAGAAAAGGAAGAAAUCCUUGCGCCCCACACUCACUUCUGCACUAUUUGUGGAAAAGGAUUCAAGAGAGAUGCAAAUUUACGAAUGCACAUGAGAGGUCAUGGAGAUGAGUACAAAACACCAGCAGCACUGGCAAAACCAAAUAAAGAAUCCAGCUCUGAACCAACUCUUAUUAAGAGGUAUUCCUGCCCUUAUGCUGGUUGCAAGCGGAACAAGGAUCACAAAAAGUUUCAGCCUCUGAAAACCAUUUUAUGCGUCAAAAACCAUUACAAGAGAACCCACUGUGACAAGAGCUACAUUUGCAGCAGAUGCAACACCAAGAAAUUCUCAGUAAUUGCUGAUCUUAAAACUCAUGAGAAGCAUUGUGGUAAAGAUAAAUGGCUUUGUUCUUGUGGCACCACGUUUUCACGGAAAGAUAAGCUGUUUGGGCAUAUUGCUCUUUUCCAAGGUCACACUCCAGCAAUUCCCUUAGAUGAAACUAAAGGAUCCGCUGGGACAUCUGAUCAAGGAGAUGGCAAUCAAGCCACAAAUAAGGUUGGAAGCAUGAAUUUCGACUUUUCGUCUAAUAUUUCUAGUGAAAACGCUGUUCAAACUAGUGUGGAUUUUAAAGGGAGCAUCGAUGAUCCUGCUGCUUUUUUCUCACCAUUGAACUUCGACACAUGUAAUUUUGGUGGGCUUCAUGAGUUCCCUCGACCACCAUUCGAUGAUUCAGAGAGUUCAUUUGCAUUUCUCCUUUCGGGGUCUUGUAAUUACACUCAGAAAAGUGGAGAAGACUAAAGACCUGAUAAUCUUGGAUGUUGGCUAAUGUUUCCAGAAUGUAUUCUUCCUUCUUCGGAUCAUAGUAUUAAUUUGUGUUACAUUUGUAUGGUAAGGCUACCCUAUGUACUUUAUUGGUUUAAAUAAAUGCUAUCUUUGAUGAAAAUAAAGUCCUUGUUCACUAAUGCUGUAAUUUGGUUAGGUUUAGAAGUAAGAUUUUUCCUUCUGCAUAAAAUCCUCAAACGCCAACUCCAUGCUGAAGCCAUAAUCAUAACUACAAG